ACCCAUGCUGCACCAAAGAAGAAGAAACCCCCGGAAAUAGGCGCAUCAAACGUUCCACUAUUAGUUUACUCGACGCAUGUGCGCUCCUUUAAUUUUUUAUAACUUUUGGUUUUAUUUGAGAAAUAAAGAUGAAUAUAAAACCAGCUGCCUUCUAGCAAGCCGAAGUGUUGAAGAUGCUGAGUGACUCCGAGGCUGCAGAGCUGCUCUCCUUCCUGGCCCCUGGCACACGGCCUGAUGUCAAAGGUCACGCCAGCAGCUACCUGCUGGGACUGUCAGGAAACAGGGAUGGCUGCCGUUUCCUGCGCUCUAAACCGGAACUCGUCGCUGCCGUUUUUGGUCUGACCUCCGACCCCUCGAUCGCCAUAGUGAAAGAUUGCUACUACAUCCUGAUCAACCUGUCAGCGGAUGAGACUCUGCACCAGGUGCUCAUGAAGGACGUCCGUGUUAUCCCCGUGCUGCUGAAGAACUUCAUGGAUCCAGAUUUCCCCUUUUCUGAUCAGAUCUGCACCUUCCUGUCCAACCUGACCCGCCACGAUAAGACGUGCAAGACAGUGUUCAAGCUGCUCCAGGAGGAUGUUGGACUUGCUAAGCUGGUGGAUGUCCUCUGCACUGAAGGCUACAACAAAAAGGCCAAGUUCCACUACUUGGCUGCUCUGCUGUCCAACCUCACCCAGCUGCCCGAGGCCAGACACUUCCUGAUGGACAAAGACAGGUGUGUCAUCCAGCGGUUGUUGCCCUUCACACAGUUCCAGGAGUCAGUGGUGAGGAGGGGCGGAGUCAUCGGCGUCCUGCGCAACUGCUGCUUUGACCACGCCAAUCACGAGUGGUUGCUAAGCGACGCAGUGGACAUCCUGCCCUUCCUGCUGCUGCCACUGGCUGGUCCAGAGGAGCUGAGCGAGGAAGAAAACGAGGGUCUGCCGGUCGACCUCCAGUACCUCCCGGAGGACAAGAAGAGAGAAGAGGACGCCGACAUCAGGAAGAUGCUGCUGGAGACUCUGUUGCUGCUGACGGCGACCAAGGCUGGCCGGCAGACUCUGAAAGACAGAAACGUCUAUCCCAUCAUGAGGGAGUUCCACCGCUGGGAGACGGACGUCAAGGUCACGGCGGCCUGCGAAAAACUGGUCCAGGUGCUGAUAGGUGACGAGCCCGAGGAGGGCAUGGAGAACCUGAUGGAGGUGGAGAUUCCCGAGCACGUGCAGGAGAAGCUGAAGGAAGCUGAUGCCAAGGAGCAGCAGGAGCUGGAGGGCGAGGAGGAGACCAAGACGUGAGGAGGAGAAGACGACACCCGGUUAGGACUGAAGCAGGACUACGGCUCAUAUUCACAUCCACGACUGCGGCUUCACUCAGAGCACAGGUGGCAAACUCGGGGGCCACAUGGAGGAAAAUCUAUUCCCAGGUGGGCCGGACAGGUAAAAAUCAUGGCAUGAUAACUAAAAAGCAAAGACGACCUCAGACUGUUUUCUUUGUUUCACUUUGGCCAAAAAUAGAACAAGCAUAUUCUGAAAAUAAUCCUUUUGACAGAACAGUUCAAAUUCUGAGGGGAAAAAAAUGUGUGUGGUUUGAAAAACACAACGAACUUAGGACUUUGUCUCAGUGUAUCUUCAUAGCCGAUAAACAUGAAGUCACAGCCUAUCCGGGAUUGAACAAAAUAAAUAACAAACUUCUAGGUGUGAAAUA